AUGUUGUCGGUCCUUCUACUCGCCGUUGUUUUCAUCCAGCUUCACCAUGUUGUCGGACUUACAAUCGCAUCAUACCCCCUUUGGAUAGAGCGGACGCCUCAGCCCUACGCCAUCGAGAACUUCUACAACGGCAGUACGCCUGCAAUUCUCAUAUCAGGCGGUGUCCCCGACAUCCUUUCCAACCAAAGCGUCGACCUCAGCGCCAACGCCGAAACACCAAGUAUCAGACAAUAUGUCGAACACCGUAACAUCCGCCUGAUAUACGUCAUCUGCGAGGUUUCGUACCGCCUCGUCGCCGAUAGAAGGAAGGGUAUCAACAAACUUGAAGAUCUGAAGGGCAAGAGGAUUGGCAGUUUUCUGGGUUCGAGUGCGGAAGUGUUCGUACACAAUAUGAUGAGUAGUGUUGGUGUGAAGGAUCAUGAGUACGAAGGGGUUAAUGCGUGGUGGUGUAUGAAGACGCCGUGUGCAAACGAUACUCUGCCGUACCUUCUCAACAACGGAAGCCUGGAUGCGUUCGGUAUUUGGGAAACUUCUGUUGAGCUUGGCGCUAGGGCUUUGGGGGAUGACGCGAUCAUCUUCCAAAACGCAUCAAUCUACAGAGAAGUCUAUGCGCUUUUCUCUACUACAGAAGCUCUCGACAAUCCCUCGAGGCGCAAGGACAUUGUAGAGUUUGUGAGGGCGCUUGACAAAACACGGGACGUAUUCACGAAUACGCCGAAGGAGAAGAACGUUUUUGAAUAUGUGGCUAAGACUGUUGAUGCAGAUGUGGAGGUUGUCGAGGCUGUUUGGAAGCACCAUAAUUGGAGUGGACGGUGGGAUGAUGGGAUGAUAGACUUUUUGGUGGAAGAGGAUGGGUAUCUAGCGAAGCAGGACAACCGGACGAUCACUCCGAGGGAGGAGUUGGAGAAAAUGUUGGAUUCAAGUGCCCCUCAACUGCCCCUCCGAAUACUUUGCGAACGCAACACCAACACUACUGAAAUAAUCAUGGACGACCCGGAAUUCGAUACUCAGACUGAUCUCCAGACGCAGAGCAUAUUGCUCGCCGCUGCGAACCACGACACCGCCUCCCUCCGCAACCUUCUGCGCAACUCUUCAGCGAACGUCCAAGAUUCCGAGACUGGUUUUACGCCUCUGCACGCCGCAAUCGCUGCCUGUGAGCCCGACGAAGAUGACGCAAAACAAGUCAACGGAAACACAAACGGUGAAGCAGCGGAUGGGGCGGAGGAUACGAAGAACGAAAUGGACAGCGCCGUAAAGACUAUCAAGUUUCUCUUCGAGAACGGCGCGAUAUGGAACGACUUGGAUUCAAACGGCGAAACACCGGGAUGCAUCGCGCAUAGACUGGGGCUCAAGGAGCUAUACGAGCUCUGUGUCGACGCAGGCGUGCGCGCAGAGAUGCUGCUGAGUCGCAUGGAGCAAUACCAGCUUCUUGGAGACGAUGAUUCAGACGAAGAGAACGAGGAGGAUGAUGAGGUGGAAGAGGUGGCUGAAGGCGUCGAGGUAGUGGACAUCAGCCAGGAAGAAGCGCAAGGCGAUGAAUCAACCGAGAACCCAAACUAUCUCUCUUCCAAACUCACAUUCGACCGCGACCGAUUACUGGACGAUUCCUCGAAUGGAGUCAUGAUGGAGUGGGAGACAACGCUUAUGCGCAAAUCUGCGGAACUACUGGUACCAACAGAAGGGCUUCGCGUUCUGAACGUCGGUCAUGGAAUGGGAAUCAUCGACGGUAUCUUCCAGGAGAAGAAGCCAAAGGCUCAUCACAUCAUCGAGGCGCACCCAGAUGUCAUCAAGCGCAUGAAAGAGCAGGGGUGGCACGAGAAGCCGGGCGUCGUCAUCCACGAGGGCCGCUGGCAGGACAUUGUACCAGGUCUUGUCGAAAAGGGCGAGCUAUUCGACGCGAUCUACUUUGAUACCUUCGCGGAAGAGUACAAAGCACUACGCGAGUUCUUCACAGAACAUGUCAUCGGGCUCCUCGAUCCCGCCGGUGGUUCCGAUGGCGAAGGAGGCAAGUUCGGCUUCUUCAACGGAAUGGGAGCAGAUCGCCAGAUUGUCUACCAUGUUUACAACAAGAUCGUAGAAUUCGAUCUUUUCGAGGCUGGUUUCGACACAGAGUGGGAAACGGUUCCGGUGCCAAAUCUGGAUGAUAAGGGCGAAUGGGAGGGUGUGAGGCGGAAGUACUGGGUACUCAAUGAGUACAAGCUGCCGACAUGCAGUUUCAUCGGUUGA